AUGUCCAGAUCAUCAGCUCCCGUGUGUCUCGAACUAUUCUUACCAGUCCUCCACUCAGGUCAGCGGUGUUUUGAGGCCGUAAUCGACUUUUUUAAGGCCGUAGUCGACUUGAGUAUUUAUGAUGAAUUGUAUAGCGACCUCUUGACCAGCGAUUCUAUCCCGGGUAAAUCAGAUCCCGAAGAUGGCGGCCGCAAUAGCGAAGAGGAUUGGAGAUCAUGUACUCUCAGCGGCUUCACGGCAGUAUCACACCCAAUUGGCACACUGGACAUGGAGAAAUAUAGUCUUGGUGGCGUUGUCGACUCUCAGCUCAAAGCUUAA